GCAGCCCCAGGACUGAGAACCAGCCUCCUGCUGGAAUGAAACCACAUUCCAGGGCGAUUAUGCAAUAAAAAAAAAAGAACAAGUAUUAUCUACAAGCAAUAAAAGCAACCGUUUCAAACUAAAUGAGUGUGUGAGUGUGUGUGUGUGUGUGUGUGUAUCUGCAUCAGCGUGUGUUUGUCAUCCCCUUUUCUGCCAGUGUGUCUGUCUGUAGGAACACGCCCCGAGGAGCUGUGGAGGGAAGUCGAGGGAAUAAGGAAAUUGCGGAAGAAAUUCCUCGGCACUUUGGUUUGGCGGCUUCCUUCAUCGCAGGGAGGGAGCGGCACACAAGAAAGGCACAGAAAGAUACAAAAAGACACAAAAAGAUACAACAAAGAUACAAAAAAGAAACAAGACAGAUACAGCAAAGAUACAAAAAGACAGAAGAAAGAGGAUCAAAGGCUGGAAACGGGCAGUUCGCAGCUUUUCAAGUGAAAAAGAUGGAGUCGGCCAUUUCGACGAUAGUGAAGGUCUACAUGAAAUCAUCCAAGGGCAAGGGAAGCCUGGGAGACAAGGACUUCCAGAAACUCGUCAAGUCUCAGCUGAGCAACAUCAUGAUGGGCACCGAGAACUCGGAGGCCAUUAAAGAGAUGCGCAAGGGACUGGAUGCCAACCAGGAUAACAAGGUCAGCUUUGAGGAAUUCAUGCAGUUGAUGGGCUACCUGGCCAACGCCCUGAGCCAACAACGCACCCUUGGCAAGGAAGCGGUGCAAGAAGAGGAACAGGAGGCAGCCCCGUAGAUGGCCAAACGCAUACACAGUAUACUUGCAGCAUUCCGAAUGAAUACACACACACACACACACACACACACACACAUUCACUCGACACAUCACUCGUUAUGCACACACACCACGAGACCCAUCCCUCAGCGUAAGCACAGACAGCGGGACACACUGCAUGCAGUGCGUACACCUUGAGACUCAAAACUCACUCGAGGGUGCGCUUUACGACCAUACGCCCCGCAACCCACCACAGUAAACUAGGGUACACCGCACAGCGCGUUCAACUAACAAACUGAUAAACACACUUCAUUCUGGUCUCCGCCACGACACAAGGCAGCUUGCAGCGUACACUUCCACUUCCUUCUCGUAUUAUCGAAUAAUCACCGCGUACGGCAAUACCUUAAACAUUCUUUACCGCUUUGUAAUAAUCCCAUAUCACCAUGUUAUUUUACUCCCUAUACUGCACAAUAUUGAGCGGCUCCUGAGGUUUUACGGGACGCACUUCUAUCGAUACUUGCAUGGCUGUUUUUAUAAUCUGCAGGCAUUAGUUUGAUCACCCUUACGGCCGCAGCUACAUUCUCGCACCAGUGUGGCGAUUGCUUUGGAGUCCACACCUGGGCAACUACCUGCUGGCAAUGCUGGCGUUGACUUCUGCAUGGCUAGAGCCACCUUGUGCCACCACCCCCAUUGACACCUGUGUGGCUGCAAACACCUGCUGACAGCCCCACCGUUGACACAAGUGUGUACGCGUCAACCUGACGGUACACCCUGCGCACUUUUAGACGCCUUUCAAUUAGCCGCGGGUGAAGACUCGGAAUAUCAGGUGUAUGACAUCCCAUCCACGUAAGGGACUGUGGUAAAUUAUUCAAAAGAGAGAUGGAAUGAACACCAGGAACCCCAUGUCCUGCAGACCUGGGUAUGCCUUCAUGUACUGGGAUUUGAUGCCAGGACGUGUCCGCCUUGCUUCAGGGCUGACACACAUUCUCCCAUCAGCUACCGGCCCCUAGAGACCCAGUCACAGAGCACAUCUGAGCGAAACAUGAUGCUUUAGAGGACCACCUAUACCACACCUGUACGGGUCGGGUGACACUUAGAAAACUGGACAUGCACCCAUCAAGUUGCACAUUCAAGUCCAUGGAUGAGCCUGCAGUUGUACCUGUGCGAAAAGCACUAAACCUGUACUCUUACAGAUUGAUAUCCUAGUAAACGGAUACCAAGUGUAAAAGUAUGAAAUAAUAACCUGAGCCUUCCAAGCAAAUAAACAACGAUUCUGGGAUUGA